AUGAAGGGGCGCAGAAUGGCUGCCAUCUUGCCGCUGGUCGUUCUGUCCACGCUAGGAGGCUCCGAGUGUGCCAGGAUUCUGGCCGCUUCGCCGUUUCCCUCCAUCAGCCACGUGUUACCUAUGAGACAUAUAGUUCUCGAGCUGGUUAAUCGAGGCCACGAAGUCACGCAUAUCACAACGGAUCCUAUCAAGAAAAAUAUAGAAAACUACACGGAGGUGGACAUAUCCCCGGCUUACAGAUACCUCAGGAAGUCUUCUGAUUGGAUGGGGAUGGCAAUGCGUGACUGGGAUCCUGUGGACAUGAUUUCGCGCAUUGAGGACAUAGCAGCCCCUAUCUGCGAAGACGCGCUAAAUAGUCCGGAGAUGAUCAGCUUUAUAAAGUCGGCGCCCAAAUUCGACCUGUACAUCAUGGAGAGGUUGCUGGUUCCGUGUUUCUACGGUGUGGUGCACGCAGUCGGCUCCCCACCAAUGGUGGGUCUCGUCACCCACGGGGCACACCCGUACACCCACUGGAGCCACAGGAACCCAGACAGUCCCUCCUACAUGCCGCUCUGGGUCCUGCCGUACUCUCACCACAUGUCCUUCUGGGAGAGGCUCUACAGCGCCUACAUAUGGCUCUACUUUAACUCUGUGUGGCACAGUGUGGUGCUGCCGAGACACGACGAGAUACAGAAGAGCUACUUCGGUCCUUCAGUCCCAUCGGUGUUCGAUCUCGAGAGAAACUUCAGCCUGAUGCUCGUUUCUAACCACUUCACCGAAUGCUAUCCCAGGCCGAAUCUCCCAAAUUUCGUUGAACUGACUGGUCUACACAUACAGCCAGACACUAAACCUCUUCCUCAGGAGUGGCUGGACGGAGCGACUGAAGGCGUCAUCUACUUCAGCCUGGGCACCAAUGUACUGAGCAGUAAAAUGCCACCAGAAAAGCGACGGGCCUUCCUCGACGCCUUCUCCCAGCUGCCGCAGAGGGUACUCUGGAAGUGGGAGACGGACGACGCGACUGACCUGCCACCUAAUGUUAAAAUGUCCAAAUGGCUUCCACAACAAUCUGUACUAGCACAUCCAAAUGUUAGAAUCUUCAUCACACAAGGAGGCCUGCAGAGCUUCAAUGAAGCCACUUAUUAUGGUGUCCCUUUAAUUGGGAUUCCUUUCAUGGGAGAUCAGCAUUACAAUGUAGCAAAAAUGGUAUCUGCUGAAAUUGGUUACAGGCUGCAGUUUCGAAGUAUCACAAAGGAUGUGGUUCUAAAAGCUAUUAGAGCUAUUCUUGGUGAUCCUAAGUAUCGGGAAAACAUGAAGAAGUUGUCAGCAGUGUAUCGUGAGCAUCAGGCAGAGUCACUGCCGAAAGCCAUCUGGUGGAUAGAAUACGUUCUGCGCCACAAUGGAGCUCCACAUCUGCGUAGUGCAGGCAUGGACCUAAGCUGGUACCAGCUUCUGCUGCUAGAUGUCAUUGCCUUUGUGCUGUGUGUCACUGUAAUCUGUUGUGUUGCGAUGUAUUCAUUGAUAAGGUAUCUCAUUUCUAUCAUCUUUAAGGAUGCAAAACUCAAGACCCACUGAGAAAUGAGUGCUCAUUUUCUUAGAAAGUAUUCUGAUAGCUUUUUAGCCAGUAGCCAAUAGCGAUGGCAGUGGUGAUUAAAGUUGAUAUUUUAUAAACACCUGUUCUUAUUUUCUUGUUGUUCAUAUUGUGGUGUGUGUAUGCAUGCGAGAGAGAGAGAGUA